CUCGAUGAAAAAGUGAAUCAUGAUUAGUUGCUUAGGCGCUCAAUCAUUUAGAACGCAGUGUGGCCCAUCUCGAAUGCCUGACUGGCCGACGAAGCUGCCAAUCUCGAAGUCUGACAGCUGCUUCCUGUCUUCACAGAAUCCGUCAGUGCGCAGCUACGGAGCUCAGACUGAGAGAGGAGGGGGUGGACUGUGUUGUCCGAUCAGAAGGACGAGCACAGGAGAGCAGUAUGAACUACAAACAGAACUGACUGCCUGCCUGUCUUGCUGCAGGGAAAUCAACGCGCGGGCUGAGACUAAUUCAAGCGACCAUAGAUUAUUGUGUACAAAUUAAACUCAAAUGAACAGGUAACGCAGCUCAAAAAAGGAGUUACAGAACCGGGACUUUAUUGAGCUGAAUCGCGCUGCCGCCAGCAGCCUUCAUUGAUUUUAAACGCUGUUUAACUGAAGUUGCUAUUCCAGGAAAGAGAAGGGAGCGAGAGAGGAGAGAAGGCGGUAAUGAUGAACAGGUUCAGAAAGUGGCUGUAUAAGCCUAAGAGGUCGGACCCGCAGCUCCUCGCUCAGUUCUACUAUGCGGAUGAGGAGCUGAACCAGGUGGCAGCUGAGCUGGACAGCUUGGACGGCAGGAAGGACCCACAGCGAUGCACACUGCUCGUCAACCAGUUCAGAUCCUGCCAGGAUAACGUGUUAAACAUCAUAAACCAAAUCAUGGAUGAAUGUAUUUCCAGUGACCGGGCGAAUCGGGACUUUUGCGUGAAGUUCCCUGAAGAAAUAAGACACGACAACCUGGCAGGGCAGCUCUGGUUUGGGGCGGAGUGUUUAGCUGCUGGCUCGAUCAUCAUGAACCGGGAGAUCGAGAGCAUGGCGAUGCGGCCCCUGGCCAAGGACCUGACGCGCAGCCUGGAGGAGGUGAGGAACACCAUGCGAGACCAGUCCCUGCGCGACCUCAACCUCCACACCGACAAGAUGAAGGAGUCACUGCGCCACUUUGACAGCCUCUUCGCAGAGUUCGAGCUCUGUUAUGUGUCAGCAAUGGUACCUGUAAAGACACCUAAAGAAUACUACGUUCAACAAGAAGUGAUAGUGCUCUUCUGUGAAACAGUGGACAGGGCACUAAAGCUUGGAUACCUCACACAAGACAUGAUUGAUGACUAUGAGCCAGCACUAAUGUUUACAAUUCCAAGACUAGCCAUUGUAUGCGGGCUGGUAGUUUACUCUGAUGGACCACUGAACCUGGAUCGCAAGCCUGAGGACAUGUCCGAGCUCUUCAGGCCGUUCCGCACCUUACUCAGAAAGAUCAGGGACUUGCUGCAGACCUUGUCGAAAGAGGAGCUCUUCACACUGGAGCGCAACCUGUGCAUCUCACAGGACGGGGAGUUCCCAGUGGUGCAGGCCCUUCCCGAGGCGAUGGUGCCACCUCCUCCUCCUCCCCAUCUCCUUCCAGUCCCCCCCACCAGUGCCGCGAGCCCCUCUGACCCUGAGGAACCACCUGCCUCUCCCAGCGCAGGGGGGCAUGACAGGGGAACAGGGGACCAGCUGCUGUUGGGGAAGGCAGAGAAAAUGGAGGCCGAGCUGGCCUGCUCCAUGCAGUACGACGAACAGGAGCUAGAGCAACUCAACAUGAUGGUGCACAGAGUGGGCGAUGAGAUGUCCUGCUUGCUCUCCCCGCCCAGCCUGUUCCAGUCCCCCGCGCACCGAGGGGGGAGCAGCGGCAACUCUAGCACCGAGGCUUCGCCAGGGAGGAGGCCGCUCGCCCGGACAAACAACAACAACGACGAAGAGGAAGAGGACCGCGUCUUCUUCAUGGAUGAUUUAGAAGGGGCCGGAGAAGCCCUGGCCGGGAUGGAUGGCAACUCCUCCUCUUGUGUCCACUGUCCUCAGCGGGACACCAGAAAACUUCCUCUUCAGGUCCAGAGAGAAGCUGACACAGCAGUGGUACAGAAUGGUUUGCCAGGGGCCUCCCUGGUGGAGGCAGCCCUGAGACUAAACAAAAUAAGUAACACCAAAGCACAGCGACAGCCACCAAUUCCACCAGCAGCAGCAGGUGCCGACAGCCAGAGCGUUGCACACCAUCCCUUGGAAGGGCCUGAGGACCUCAAUGGCUGGGAGACAGGCACUGAGGACGUGGAAACCGCAGAGAUGAUUGCCCACAGGACUGGUGGGAUGAAAUUAUCUGCCACCGUCAUAUUCAACCCCAAAUCCCCGACCCUGUCCGAUCUGACUGUGGAGGCUGCUGCAGAUAAGCUCCUUCUGCUGUCCCCUGCUUCUCAUGAGGAACCCCAAUCGGAACUUCCCUUUGAGGGGCCUCACAAGCUAAGUGGCUUGGCGGCUACGAACUGUCUGAUCAAUUCCUGUGUGUGUUGUGGGAGCUGUGAGGACAGCCGCGAGGAUGGCAUGGAAGCUUCGGGGGACAAGGGCAAGAGGAUGGCAUCCGCCAUGGUUAUAGGCAGUUUAGUUGUAAACAAGGAAAUGGAUCCUCUAGAUAGUAAACUGGACUGCACAUCGCCCAUACAGGAGGAGGUGAAAAACGAGCAAAAGAGCCCAAAGUGCGUCAAGUGCCUGGCACAAACCUCAGGGACACAGGCGAUGACUGAGUGUGUCCUGCAGGGGGAUACGGAGGCCUGUAGCCACCAGAGACGGAUCGAGAGACGGAGGCAGCCCAGUGGGGGAAAGGAAAGGGCAGCAGAGCUGAAUGACAGGACAGCGAGUGACAGAGAGGCAGAGGAAGAUGUCAAUAAGAAGUCCAGAUCGAGUUCUUGUGGCAGUUCGCAGGAUUCCCCGCUCAGUUCCGUCUCUAGCAGUGACUGUGAGAGUGUGUCUGUCACCACAUGUAGUCUGUCCAGCACAUACACACCAAGCCCCAUCAGCAGCCUGACCACCAGCUCGUACACCUCGGGGGACCUGGACCAUGAGGAGAUCCAGCUGGCUCUGCACGCAGCCAAGAUCGCAGCCAGGGAGAAGAUCCGCUCCCGAUUCCACAGCAGCAGCGACCUCAUCCACCGGCUCUUCGUCUGUAUCUCAGGUGUGGCUGAUCAGCUACAGACCAACUACGCCAGUGAUCUCAGAAGCAUCUUGAAGACGUUGUUUGAUGUCAUGGCAACAAAGCCUGAACUGGAGGACAAGGACAAGCAGAAGAAAGCUGGCCAGGGCUUGCGAAGUACAGCACUGGAGGACUGCACUUUGUGUCAGGAAAACAUUUCAUCCUCUGAGAUCGCUGCCAAGGCCAGGGACGGGCAGUUUGAAGACCCUCCAGACUGGGUUCCAGACGAGGCCUGCAGCUACUGCACUGCCUGCGAGGCUCCCUUCACUGUCAUCCGCAGGAAGCACCACUGCAGGAGCUGUGGCAAGAUCUUCUGCUCCCGCUGCUCCUCGCACUCCGCCCCCUUGCCCCGGUACGGGCAGGUGAAGCCCGUGAGGGUGUGCACUCACUGCUACAUGUUCCACGUCACCCCCUUCUACAGAGACAAGACAGGGAUCUGACAACAGCCCUGGCCCGGGGUGGCAGGACUGCACAGGGACUGUACUGGACACCUUCUAUUACAAACAAAUAACACUACUAGAAAUAAUGAUUCAUAUUAAAUAAAUACAUUUUAAAAAAUGGACCCUGAUAAAAGCAUGGUUGGCUUUGAUGGACCCUUUUUGUAGAGACUAUUUUAAAAUAAAAACUUGUUUAAUAACAAGCUCCUGGAAGGGAAGCACUGAACAACCCCUAGCCAGGUGGCUACAUUCUUCCACAGGUUUCUUUCAUACUCUGCAUUGGUAUUGUUGAUCUCUAAUGCUGGACAAAGAAAGGGAACGCUUCUCUUACUGCUACGCUGGGAUGGAGCAGGGCUCAGACAAUAAGCAACUUUGCUGCAUUGCUACUUAACACUACACAGGAAUGGCUUUUAUUAUCUUGACACAGCAGUCAGGGGAAUAAUGCUGCAUACAUGUCCUUAAGAAACAAACAACUUUCAUUUGCAUUGUCAUUGGAUACUGUGUGCAGCCAAGGUGAUGUAUAAUUCUAUAAAUGGCGAUGAAUGUGUGUGAAUAAAUAGACUUGUUUUCAUGGAGGGAGGCACCCAUGAGACUCCUUAACACCAGUGCUUGACGAAUCCGCCCCAGAUUAGGUCUGUUGUGCAAUCAAGGGCGAAAUACUGUAGUUGUGCAGAAUGUGCUGGCUCUUUAUACACACAAAAUACUUUUAAACAGGUAUAUAAUUGUACAAUAUGUCAAACAGCAUUACUUUUGUGUAUUUUUUGUGAGAAUUCGACUGAUAACUUUAAUUUCGCCUUUCACAAUAGAAUUAUUCAAGCCGCUUUACUGAAUAGUGACUCCUGAUACAUAGACUAGCAGUGGCUGGAAAGGUCCAGCUCCAGCUCCAGCCACCGAGAUCCCAGAAUUGCCUGUCUUAGUGUCACAGACCCCUGCAACAACACUGAUUCCCAAUGCAUUGGCAGACUUUUAUGGUUUCCCUCUUUAAUAAUGUAAAUGUCCUCCAGUGUUCUUGUUCUGCUUCCGCAUGCCUCUUGCUUUUUGCUUUAACAGCAACUGAAACCUCAACUGAAAAAGAAGCAGUACACAGAAAGAGGACGAGGAUUUCUGGGGUAAUAUAUCCAUACUACAGCCAAGUUGUCUUUUGGAGCUUUGCAUUGUUGUUGUUUAUUAUUAUUAUUAUUAUUAUUAUUAUUAUUAUUAUUAUUAUUAUUAUUAUUUAGUAACUGGAAUUUAAGAAUUGGAAGAUCAGAAUUUUUGUUCAUUUUUAUAUUUGAGAAAAUUCAACAAACUUUAGUUGCACUGUGGACAAUGUAUUCCCGCAGCACUACUUGUAGCCUGCCCCACACCUUGGAGGGAUUGGAGCACAGUGAUAUGAAGGACAGGCCCAGGAUCUGAAGCCAGCUUGUCCUGACUCCCCUGUGCCUUCAGAAAACUAGGCAGCACUCACUCGAGAGCCUCCUGGUGAUGAUACUUUCUCUCUUUCACUGGCAAAAGCCGGAAAUGCGAUACCCAAGAUAAUGAAGCAUCUGUCAACCUAGAGACCUGAUCAUCUCCCGUUGUACUACUCAAACAGAAAACAUGAUGAUUAGUGUUAUGUAUCAUUUAGACAUCCAGUCCACAGAGGAAAUGUAAUCGUCAAUCUGUUUUCAUAAAGCAAAGACUCCAGAAUGCAUAUUAUACUGUGGUAUAUAAUACAAGCCUAAGAAUAGAAUGUGUAUAAAUGAAUAAAUAAGAAGGUGUCUGAUUAGAUUGCAGAGCCACACUGUCAUGUUUAGAUUAUCUAUGUGUGUCAGUCUGGCUCUGCAAUGCAGCAUGAGGAACUGGAAUGAAGGGAGUUCUGUACUUAAUGUAAUUUAUUUGGAAGGUGAAUCAACACUGAAUUAUUCAAUUCAUUCCCAGCCAUGGCUUGGCUUUAUUUCCAGUUGCUUCUUUGAUUUAACAUUUCCAGCAGUAAUCUACUUUAAGCUUAAAUCUCAGGAUUCACAUUCCAAUGAUUUAUUUGUUUUAUUUUUGAGUAAAAAAUGUUGACCUUUUUUUU